CUAUAAAGAUACAUUUGCUCGGAGAAGAGGUGGUUUAUACUUGAUUCCAUUGAUGCUAGCAGAAAUCAAUUUUCAGUGAAAAUGACUACGCAAAGAUCACCGGCCAAAUUAAAAGAAUUACGUUUGCCGAUGUCAAGGGUGAAAACGAUUAUGAAAAGUUCUCCUUACGUGGACACGAUCGGCCAGGAUGGAUUGUUUCUAGUCACGAAAGCUACGGAAUUGUUUAUACAUUACUUAACUGAAGAAGCACAUCAGCAAAGCAAUAAAGGCAAUUCUUUGGAUUAUAAACAUUUGGCUGAAGUGGUUCAAACGAACGAUACAUUGGAAUUCCUUAAAGAAAUAAUGCCUAGAAAGAUAACGGUCAGACAAUUCAAAGAAAUGAUGGCAGCCAAGGAUAGACAUAGUAGUUCAGAAAGUAGCUCAGAUUCAGACAGUGAUAGUGACACAGAUUCAGAUUCUUGCACCGACAGUGACAAUUCGAAACCAGAGGGUGGGAACUCGUCGAACAGUGAUCACGAAAGUGAAACAAAGGAGAACGGUAAAUGUGAUUUGGUUAGUGACAAGAGCGAGGCUAGUGGAAAAAGUGAUAGCGAAGAUGAGACUAAAAGAUAAGAAAACAGACAUGAAUUUUUUAUUUCUAUUCCCAUAAAGCAGGCUCCGAUUAUGAAAGGAACAGCUUCAACUUGCUUGGAAACGAUAUAAUUUUAAAAACAUUUGGUAAUAGAUAAACGUUCAAAGUAUUUGUCAGUAUUUAAUACUUUAGAUGAG